AUGUCAUCAUUGAGCGAUUGGGAAAAUACAAAAGAAAAUAUAGUUCCUCUUAAAACUGGUAGGGACCCAACUAAACUUGCAUUAUUUGCAAAACAAACAAAUCAAUCAGAUGAAGAAUUAGAAAAAGAAAAACAAAAAUUUGAAAUAAUUAUAAAUGAAUACCAAGGUGAAGAUCCAAUUGAUAAUUGGUUAAAAUAUAUAAAAUGGGUACAACAAUCAUAUCCAGGUGGUAAUAUGAAAGAACAAUUAAUUGUAUUAUUAGAGAGAUGUACAAGAUUAUUUUUAAGUACAGAGAAAUAUAAAAAUGAUCCACGUUAUUUAAGAAUUUGGAUUACAUAUGCCGAUAUGUGUAGAGAUCCAAUUGAAGUAUUCUCAUUUUUAGAGGUACAACGUAUAGGUUUCUAUCUUUCAUUACUCUAUGAAGCAAGAGCUAUCGUCUAUGAAAAUAAAGGUAACUAUGAACAAGCCGAUAAAUCAUUCAAACAAGGUAUAGAGAGAAAAGCUCAACCCAUUGAAAGAUUACAACAAAAACAUUUAGAUUUCGAAAGAAGAUUAAUUGCAAGAUUAAAACAUCAACAACAACACCAACAACUUCAACAACAACAACAACAACAAAAUGAUCAAUUAGAACAACAACAACUUGAUGAAAAUGGUAAUACAAAAUUAACUAGAUCUGCAUUAGGUACAAUUAGUUCAUCUUCAGUUCAUUCUGAAAGAAAAUCUCAACAAACUAAAGGUUUACCAUUAGGUAAUUCUACAAUUGAUAAAAAGAGAAAAGUUGGAAAUGAUCAAAAAAAUAAUUUAGGAUUUCAAAUUUUUGAUGAUGAAAAAGGUGGUUCAACAACAAAUGAAGUUUUAACAGAUUCUAAAUUUUUUGGAUCAUCUCGUAAAGCAGCUGCUUUAAUGGCUGCUGGUCAAACACAACAAACAUCUCAAAUGAAAUGGGAUGAAUUAGAACCUGAACUUAAUAAACAUAAAGAAAAUACACAACUCUCUCAAAAAUGGUCUGAUGUAAAACUACUUCAAAAGAAACAAAAAAUUACAACUGCUGGUUUUCAAAUUUAUUGUGAUCAAGAUUCUUUAUCCAACAACAAUAAUGGUAGUAAUAAUAAUAAUAAUAAUAACAACAAUGAGAAUAUACCAUUAUCACCUGAUAAAUUAAGAGUUCAUAGUUCAAAACAACAAUCUAAAUUAGAACAAAUUCAAAAUAAUCCAUUAGCAAACUUUCCAAAAGUAUCAACAUCAAACUCUUCUUCUUCUUCUUCUUCCUCUACCAAUAAAUCAACAUCAACAACUACUGUUACCACUACUAAAAAUGAAAGAGUUGGUUACAAUAAACCAUUAUUUACAAAAGAGAAUGAAAAACAUGAAAUUUCAUUUGAAGAAUAUAGAGCAUCACUCUUUAAAAAGAAAUUAAUUGAAAAACAAGAACAACAAAAUAAAAAAAUUGAAAAAGAAAAAGAAGAAUUAGAUAUUAAAUUAAAACAAGAACAAAAAGAACAAAAAGAAAAAGAACAAAAAGAAAAAGAACAAAAAGAAAAAGAAGAAUUAGAGAUUAAAUUAAAACAAGAGCAACAAGAAAAAGAAUUACAAUAUCAGCAACAUCAACAAAAACAAUAUCAACAAAAACAACAACAACAACAAUCAUAUAAUCCACCAUCUCCAACAAUGACAAUUCAUACAAAACAAGCUUUUCAUGAUGUUAUGGCAAUGUUUAGUGAACCUUUAGAAUUUGAAAAGAAUAAUAAAUCAACAUCAUCAUCAUCGUCAUUGCAAUUAAAUAAUGUUCCAUCAUCACCAAAUCCUUUCACUGAAAGUACAUUAAUGAAAUCAACAAUCGAUAAUAAUAAAAAUGAUAAUAAUAAUAAUAAUAAUAAUAAUAAUAAUAAUAACAAUAAUAAAAAUACUGAUGUUUCAUUUGAUGAGAAAUCAAUUGAAGAUCAAGAAAACAUUGAUCCAAAUCAAGGUGGUGGUGGUGGUAAUAAUGAUGGUAAUCCUUUAUUAUCAAGUAAAAUUACAAAUCGUGAUGUAUUAAUGAAACAAUUAUUCUCAAAGGAUGAAGAUGAAGGAAACCAAUUUGAUCAAGAAAGAGAUAUGGUAAAAACAAUUGAAAGAAUUGAUUUAUUAGUAAAGGGUAAAGAUACUCCAAAGUUUGAAAUUUUCGAAGAUUCAACUUUAGCUUCAAGUCAAUUACAUUCAAAGAGUGUUAGUUUAGCUGAUAAGGUUGCAAGUAAAAAUAAACAAUUAAAUCCAUUGGAACAAUCUCAAAAUCCAUUGAAAAAGUCAAUAUUAGGUAGUAGUGGUAUCAAUGGUAUCAAUGGUAAUAAUGGCGGUUUUACCAUUUUCCAAGACCAACCAAACCAAGAGAAGAAACAACCAUUACAACAAUCACAAUUACAAAAUCCAUUGAAAAACUCAAUCUUAGGUAUCAGUGAUGCUAAUGGUAAUGGUGGUGGUGGUGGUAGUGGUAGUGGUAGUGGUGGUUUUACAAUUUUCCAAGAUCAAGCAGCUGAAGAAAAAAAACCAUUUAAUGAGAAAGAACAACAACAACAAGAAGAAAAAGAAAAAGAAAAUAAAAUAGAAGAAGAAGAAGAAGAAGAAGAAAAAGAUAAAGAAAAAGAAAUUAAUUAUCAAAAUAUUACAGGUAAUAUUACAAGUACAAUUGAUCCAACCACAGUAAUUAUUUGUAGUUUAACACCAGAUGAUGGUAUUGUUAAUCCAUAUUUAAUUGAUCACCAAUAUUUAUUGGAACAACACGUAUCAGCUACAGUUCAAUCAAUUCAAUCAUUUUUUAAUGUUGGAGAUGAUUUGGCACCACUACCAGAACAAUUGGACCAAUGUGAACCAAAUCAACUUUUUGAGGAUAAUAGUAUUAUUGUUCAAUGGCCAUUCUCUGAUAUCACAGUAAACUUUACCAAAUGUGUUUGUAAAUCAACUAUGGAUGGUAGUAUGACAUUUAAAGUGGAAAGAAUCGAUGAUCUAGCUAUGACCACCUCUGAAGACAGUUGGUUGUCUUGUAAGGUUCAAGAUCCACCCUCAAUUUGGGAAUUUUAUAUUGGAAAUCAAAUCCAUCAACGUUUACAAGAGAGAUCAUUGACAAUUAGUAACUCUAAAUUCCCAACCAUCCAUUCCCUCUACUAUUAUACCGAUAAAUCCAUAAUGUUAAUGGAUCAUACUAUAGAUCAGGGUACUUUGGACGACGUGGUUUCAAGCACCAAUGGCGUACCAAUGGAAGAACCAUUGGCAAUGUUCCAUUGUAUAGAAUUGUUGAAAAUGAUUGAAGAUUUACAUUUGGUUGGUAUCAUUCAUGGUAAUAUUUGUGCAAAUAAUUUACACUUUUUAUUCGGACAAACCUCUGAUUGGCCUGAUUGGACAGCAGGUGAAUGUAAAGGUGCUUGGAAGAGUAAAGGUUUCACAUUAACCGAUUUCAGUAGAUCAAUCGAUACAACAAUCUAUAGUCAAGACGCCAGAUAUCAAUCACCAAUUGAACUCUUACCAAUUGGUACACCAUUAGAAUGGUUAAAAAUCAAUCAAUCAUCAACAACCAACGUUGGUUGGUCUUAUAAUUUAGAUUAUUUAGGUAUUUGUAAAGUUAUGUUUCAUAUUUUAACAUGUGGUAAAGAAGAAUUAAAAUUAUCAUUGUCUCAACAAACUGGAAAAUUAGAAAUUAUAAAUCAAUCAAUAAUUCAAAAAGAUUCAUUUUCUGAACUUGAUACCUUAUGGUUACCAUUUUUAACCACAUUGUUAAAUCAUAAUGGUGAAAAUGGUAAUCAACAAACAACAACAACAACAUAUAUAUUAAAACAACAAAGAAAUCUUUUUGAAAACUAUUUACAAUCAAAUCCAGUUAAAUCAAAAAUUAAAUCUUUAUUAAGAAUUCAAAAUAUUAAAUUAUUUGAAUCAAUGAAAUCAAAACAAUAA